GCGGGCAGCUUGUACUUCAGCCAGUCUUCGGCGGCGGAACGAAGGACCCAAGUCACUGGAGACUCAAGAUGGCGACGGCAGCUGCAUCCUCCGCUUCAGAGCCGGAGGCUGAGCCCAAGACUGCGCCCAAAGUUGGGCCCAAGGCCGAGGGAGACGAGGAUGAGCUUAAGGAAACCAGGACGAGGAGGAAGGUGUUAUCGCGGGCUGUGGCUGCUGCGUCGUACAAGACGGUGGGGCCAGCGUGGGAUCCGCAGGAGGAAGGCGUGAGUGAGAGCGAUGGAGAUGAAGAGUACGCCAUGGCUUCUUCAGCGGAGAGCUCCCCGGGGGAGUACGAGUGGGAGUACGACGAAGAGGAGGAGAAAAACCAGCUGGAGAUCGAGCGGCUGGAGGAGCAGCUGUCCAUCAAUGUCUAUGACUACAACUGCCACGUGGACCUGAUCAGGCUGCUCCGACUGGAAGGGGAGCUCACCAAAGUGAGAAUGGCUCGCCAGAAGAUGAGCGAGAUCUUUCCUUUGACUGAAGAGCUCUGGCUGGAGUGGCUGCACGACGAGAUCAGCAUGGCCCUGGACGGCCUGGACAGAGAGCACGUGUAUGAGCUCUUUGAGAAGGCCGUGAAGGAUUACAUCUGUCCUAACAUUUGGCUGGAGUAUGGCCAGUACUCAGUCGGUGGGAUUGGCCAGAAGGGUGGCCUUGAGAAAGUGCGCUCUGUGUUUGAAAGGGCACUGUCAUCCGUCGGCCUACACAUGACCAAAGGACUCGCCCUGUGGGAGGCUUAUCGGGAGUUUGAAAGUGCGAUCGUGGAAGCUGCUCGGCCCAUAGCUGACUUCCUUUCCCCUUUUGACCGGGAACAAACCUUUGAUUCACAGCUUGAGAAAGUCCACAGUCUCUUCCGGCGGCAGUUGGCGAUCCCACUGUACGAUAUGGAGGCCACAUUUGCAGAGUAUGAAGAAUGGUCAGAAGACCCAAUACCGGAAUCGGUAAUUCAGAACUAUAACAAAGCGCUACAGCAGUUGGAGAAAUAUAAACCCUAUGAAGAAGCACUGUUGCAAGCAGAGGCGCCAAGGCUGGCAGAGUAUCAAGCAUACAUCGAUUUUGAGAUGAAAGUUGGCGAUCCUGCUCGCAUUCAGUUGAUCUUUGAGCGCGCCCUGGUUGAGAACUGCCUCGUCCCUGACUUGUGGAUCCGUUACAGUCAGUACCUGGAUCGGCAGCUGAAAGUCAAAGAUUUGGUUUUAUCUGUACACAAUCGUGCUGUUAGAAACUGCCCCUGGACAGUCGCCCUGUGGAGUCGGUACCUCCUGGCCAUGGAGAGAUAUGAAGUUGAUCAUCAAACGAUGUCGGCAACCUUCGAGAAAGCUUUGAAUGCCGGCUUUAUUCAGGCCACUGAUUAUGUGGAGAUUUGGCAGGCGUACCUUGAUUACCUGAGGAGAAGGGUUGAUUUCCAACAAGAUUCUAGUAAAGAGCUGGAAGAGUUGAGGUCCACGUUCACUCGCGCUUUGGAUUAUCUGAAACAGGAGGUCGAAGAGCGUUUCAACGAGAGUGGAGACCCGAGCUGCGUAAUCAUGCAGAACUGGGCUAGGAUUGAGGCUCGACUGUGCAAUAAUAUGCAGAAAGCCCGGGAACUCUGGGACAGCAUCAUGACCAAAGGAAAUGCCAAGUACGCCAACAUGUGGCUUGAAUAUUACAACCUGGAAAGGGCGCAUGGAGACACGCAGCAUUGCCGGAAGGCUCUCCAUCGGGCUGUCCAGUGCACCAGUGACUACCCCGAGCACGUCUGUGAAGUGCUGCUCACCAUGGAGAGGACAGAAGGUACUUUAGAAGAUUGGGAUAUAGCCGUUCAGAAAACAGAAACCCGACUAGCUCGUGUUAACGAGCAGAGAAUAAAGGCGGCGGAGAAGGAAGCAGCCCUGGCCCAGCAAGAGGAAGAAAAAGCUGAACAACGGAAGAGGGCCCGGGCUGAGAAGAAAGCACUGAAAAAGAAGAAAAAGAUUCGAGGUGGAGACAAACAGAGAGCAGAUGAGGACGAUGAGAAAGAGUGGGGCGAUGACGAAGAAGAGCAGCCUUCCAAACGCAGGAGGGUUGAGAACAGUGUUCCUUCAGCCGACAAAGCACAAGGCACAGGCGUGGAAGCGGGCCUGGCUGGCAAGAGGGCACCGGUGGAUGUUGGCCCCCCUUCCAAGCAGAAGGAAAAGGCCGCCUCCCUGAAGAGGGACAUGGCCAAGGUGCCCCACGACAGCAGUAAGGACAGCAUCACGGUCUUCGUCAGCAACCUGCCCUACAGCAUGGGGGAGCCGGACGUGGCGCUCAGGCCUCUGUUUGAGACCUGUGGUGAAGUGGCCGAGAUCCGCCCCAUUUUCAGCAACCGCGGGGACUUCCGGGGCUACUGCUAUGUGGAAUUCAAAGACGAGAAAUCUGCCCUGCAGGCCCUGGAGUUGGACCGGAAAAAUGUGGAAGGGAGGCCGAUGUUUGUUUCCCCCUGUGUGGAUAAGAGCAAAAAUCCUGAUUUUAAGGUGUUUAGGUACAGCACUGCCCUGGAGAAGCACAAGCUAUUCAUCUCGGGUCUGCCUUUCUCCUGCACAAAAGAGGAGCUGGAGGAAAUCUGCAAAGCCCACGGCACUGUGAAGGACCUCCGACUGGUUACCAACCGGGCUGGCAAACCCAAGGGCCUGGCUUAUGUGGAGUAUGAAAAUGAAUCCCAGGCGUCGCAGGCUGUCAUGAAGAUGGAUGGCAUGACCAUCAAGGAGAACGUCAUCAAAGUGGCAAUCAGCAACCCCCCUCAGAGGAAAGUUCCAGAGAAGCCAGAGGCGAGGAAAGCACCAGGUGGCCCCAUGGUGCCGCGGCAGAUUUACGGAGCGCGGGGGAAGGGAAGGACCCAGCUGUCUCUCCUGCCUCGGGCCCUACAACGCCCGAGCCCUGCAGCACCCCAGACUGAGAACGGCCCUGCCCCAUGUCCAGCAGUCGCCACCUCAGCGGCCACCGAGGCACCCAAGAUGUCCAAUGCUGAUUUUGCCAAGUUGCUUCUGAGAAAGUGAACGGGACUCAGUGAGAGGAGGGAAAUGCCUUACUUUGUGCUGGCCGGGAGCCCACCAGUCACCCAGCUGCAUGCCGGACAUCGGGGGCCACUCAUCUCCGUGCGGAAGGGCUGGCGCAGCGCCCGGCUCGAUGUCCUCCGUUUAGACGGAAAGGGGAAGGGUGUUCAAGUAAAGAGGCUUUAAGAGUUCCCUCAUAUUGAGGGCAACGGGAGGAGAACGGUCACUACAGUUUGGGCACAGGGUAUAGUUUCCUGAGCUGUUUUUGUCUCUCAGAGAGUGAGAAUCAGAAGUGAAACCUGAACAGAGUUUUGAGACCGCUUGUCCCAGUGUUUCUGGUCAACUCCUGGCCCCUUUUAUAAGACACUUGUCUUACACCCUGCACAGCACAGGUGCCCGUCACUCUUUUAAUUUUUAAAAGACAAACCGGCAGAUGCUAGUACUUCACCAGAAUGGCCUAUUUUAGUAACGGGGUGGGGACAGAGGAGGUCACAUAAAAAACAGUUGAUGGCUUUUUGUUCAAGGGGGCUGUGCAUUUUUAUAUUAUGAAUUUGUAAAUGACAUGUCAACCCAUUGUUUAUGUUUCCUACAAGCAAACUAUUGGCGACAGUUUUAUAUAAGAACUCUGUAGGCCACCUGCUGCGGACCAUUUUCUUUGCCUGUUGACUAGUGACCUGUGUUCUUUGUCUAACUAUUGAGUUGCAGCCCUUUGGUUUUGUUUAAAUAAAUACUGUGUCAAGUGCAAAGUUAAAUUCUCCCCAUUUAGCUUUGUUUAUUAAACUGAAGUUCUCUUACAAA